UUGUUAUCUCGUCUUUUUUUCUUUUUUCGUAUUGUCUUUCUUUCUUGUGAUUUCUCAUUUUUGUCUUGCCUGGACCAGACAAUCACGACGUACAGACUUAAAACACGUGAAAAGGCAAGGCCACUGGCGACAACGAACGCAAGGGCGAAAAACGAAAUAGGAACCACAAAUUUAGAUUCGUCAGGGACAGCGAAAGAUAAUGGCGCCCGUCAAGGUCAACGCUCUUCCGAGUAUUGUGGCGGAGAAUGGUGUGGGGUUAAGGGAUUGGGAUGGGAGUGCGAGUGGGAAUGAGAAUGGGAGUACGGAAACUGGGACCACCAGUGCGAGGUUGAGGAAGAAUCCGCCGCGAGGUACUCGUCCGUCGUUGGGUGUGAAUGGGGACAGACCACUCUCACAUCUCGAUACUAUCCCUUCUCGUCCUCCAUCUCCUCCUUAUGAUUCUAUCGCUCCUUCCUCUGCCCAUGUGGGAUCACCGACAUCAACACAAACACAAAAUCAAUCUUAUCCGCCCCCCGCAGCAUCCACUCAAACCGGUACGGGCUCCAGACCGGUGGUCACCCGCAAACGAAGAAGCAGCUCUAUCAAACGCAAACCCAGCCCCGGCAAAGUCCCCGAAAAAGUCGUAGACUGGGAAAUUCCCCGAAAGACGUUCCAUUCUUCCAUCGGUUUCCUUACCCUCUACCUCAACCACCUUACCCCGCCUUCCCUCUCCCCGCUUCUUGUGGUGUUGUCGACCUUGCUCGUGUUUGUGCUCGUGACCGAUUUGCCGAGGCUGUGGUUCCCGGCAUCGAGGUAUGCAGAACUGUGGGAAGCGUGUGUGGGGUUUUUGAUGAGGGAAAGUGAGAGGGAAAAAGUGAAUGGGGUGGUUUGGUAUUUGAUAGGGGUGAUUUUUGUAUUGGGAUUGUAUCCCAGGGAUGUUGGCGUGGUCGCUAUUUUACUACUAUCAUGGGCAGACACAACAGCCUCUACACUCGGGCGCCUUUGGGGUCGAUACACCCCUCCUCUUCCAUCCCACGUCCCCGGCAUCCGGUUCUUACCGUUCGCACCUCGAAAAUCCCUCGCUGGGUUCCUUGCGGCCGCCGUUACUGGUGUUUUGAUCACAGUCGGGUUUUGGGGCGGAAGUGGAGCAGCGGAGAAGACGGUAGGGUACGGUGGAGGGGAAUGGAAAGUUUUGACAGAGGGUGUUUGGGGUUCAAAGGGAAUUGGAAUGGGCUUGACGGCCGGGGUGGUGGGCGUGGGAGGAGCGGUGGUCGAAGCGCUUGAUCUCGGAUUAGACGAUAACGUCACACUCCCUAUAUUAUCAGGUGCCAUUAUCUGGGCUUGGUUCGGGUUCACCAACUGGCUUUUACCCUAGUCACUUCACCCUCCUCCCUUCUUCUAGACGAAAAAUGAAAGGAAGACUCAGAAUCUCGAGCUUUUUGCUUGGCUCCGGUCACUGUUUCAACGCAUCUCUUGUUUUUGCAAACAAUUCAACUUGUAUACGAAUAGACCCCAUACCCCUGGCCAUAUGUUUCGUCGUUUCGUAUUUUUUAUCCUUUGCUUUUUUUUUUUUUUUUUUCGUAUUGAAUUUUAUCUUUCUAUUGUCUGAUCUACCCUUUUGUUUCUUUUGGGUCUUUUGUGCCCAAUCCGUCUCGUCUCGCCUUUGUUAUGUUUUACUGGCUUUCAGUAUGGGCUAAAGUCUUUUGUCUUCCCUUGAUACCUUUUUUUUAAUUUUUUUUACCCCUUCAGCCUUUUCGCUCCCGGUCCCGCCCAGUUUUUCUGUAGAAUUACGAGUGAAAAUCUAUACAUGAUUCUUUAGAUGAAUUAUGCAUCUACACAUUCUAGAUGCAUCGGUCUUGUAUGGGAUAUGCAUAGGUAAAGCUCC